AUGAGUAUUCUUGACAAGGGUAUCAGCCUUUCAAUGGUGUUGUUCAGCAUCAGUGUAUUUGUAUAUUAUACAGCAUGGGUCAUCGUAUCUCCAUUCAUGGAUAGCGAUCAUUGGAUGCAUCAAUACUUCUUACCACUGGAGUAUGGUGUUAUCUUGCCUGCCAUUCUACUUGUUGUUGGACUCGCUGCAAUUGGCUCAUUCCUCGGCAUGGUAAUGUUGAAGACAAAGAAGAAA